UCCACCACUGCUCACACUCUUCGAUAAAAGCUGGCUUUCAGGCUGUGCUCAUCCUUACUCGCAAGAGCCAGAUCAGUUGCACCAAUGGCUCAAGACGGAGUGCAGUACUGUCACUCAGAGAAAGACUUUAUCUUGUCUCCUCACAGUAAGAAGGUUCCUAAAAGGAUGGCAUCCCUCCUGGAGAUGAAAGAAAUCUUCCGCAAUGCUGAUGCAGUAUGCUUUGAUGUGGACAGCACAGUCAUCAGGGAAGAAGGCAUUGAUGAGCUCGCGAAGUUCUGUGGAGUUGGAGAUGCUGUCGCAGAGAUGACCCGCAGAGCUAUGGGUGGCACUGUGACGUUCAAAGCAGCUUUAACGGCACGACUAGGUCUCAUACGUCCCUCCUAUGAGCAAGUGCAAAAACUAAUAUCUGACAACCCACCUCAGCUAACACCAGGAAUAAGGGAGCUGGUGAGCAGGCUUCAUCAACGAGGGGUCCAGGUCUUCUUGGUCUCCGGGGGAUUUCAGAGCAUUGUGGAGCAUGUGGCCUUGCAGCUGAACAUCCCGACAGCAAACGUCUUUGCCAACAGGCUGAAGUUUUACUUUAAUGGAGAAUACGCAGGAUUUGAUGAAACACAACCAACAGCUGAAUCAGGGGGGAAAGGAAAGGUUAUUACUCAUCUGAAGGAACAGUUCCACUUUAAGAAAGUAGUUAUGAUUGGAGAUGGAGCUACAGACAUGGAAGCCUGUCCUCCUGCUGACUGCUUCAUCGGAUUUGGAGGAAAUGUAAUCAGAAAGCAAGUGAAGGAGAAAGCUAAAUGGUACAUUACUCACUUUGACGAACUGCUAAAGGAACUGGAAGAACGAUAAAUUAUACAAUAAAGUAAUAUAUUUAACAACUAUAAAGCCAUUAUACAAUGCAAUUAAACAUAUAUUUGUUUGCAAA